AUGAGCGAUGGAAAAUCGGGCGCAGCGCACGAUGUCCAGCAUGCCGCCGACUUGAUCAAACAAAAGUUGGUUCAUGAGAACAGCCGUCCAGACAAAGCUCUCCAUUUCACCAACCUCUAUUCGCGACUACUGAGCCAGCCUGUCCUCGAUCGCAAAUGGGCCAUCCUAUACUUUUUGUAUCGACUCUCGGACUCGGAGGCUGAAGCAGCACCGGAUGCUGCUCCCUCGCCUACACCCCGCCCCCAACCUCCCUUGCGACAGCAGAGCAGUGACGCCCCGGCCUUCAAUGAUGCCUUUUCUCGCAAUGGUCUACCUCGAGUACCCGAUUCCGACGACCCAGAACCUGUGCGACUGCCACAGACCCGAGAAAGGAUGCCCCUACGCGCAUCAACACGAUCAGUAGAAGCGUCGCCAGAACCAACAAGCUCGGCAGACCCGCUAGAUGCGCCGACAGAGGCGCAGUUGCUUCGCGACUUGCCCUUCACACUACAAGGUCUCUCCUCGACCAAUCUUGCCUUCUCCGACGCCUCGCUCAAACUUCCCUCAACGCUACCUGUGCCUAUCAUCAGUCUGCUCCACACACUUGCCGAGCCCUCGCUGCUGUAUCGGAGUCUAUCGGCCUUUGUCGAGUCUUCAGAAGGUGGUCUGGUAGGCCAAAGUUUGCGCUCUGCGAUUGGUGUCGAGUUGAGAGCUUACCUCGGUCUGGUCGCUACGCUCGAAGCUCAGAUUAGAAGAGCUUUGACUCAAUUACAAGAAUCGCCUGGAAACUCGGGUCUGGGAAAGGCCGGCGUGACACUAAAACGAUGUGUUGUAUGGACCCGUGAGGCUACCAUGGGCUUGAGGCUCAUGAAAAAGAAAGGAGGAGAGUUGAUAUCGUUGAUUCACUCAUACGCUUCAUCGCAUGGCGAUCCCUUUGUGUACACUUUUGCUGAACGACUUUUGAUUCAUGUUACCCGGCCAUUCUACACUAUGCUACAACACUGGAUUUAUGAUGGCGAGCUUGAAGAUCCUUUCCUGGAGUUCUUUGUCUAUCAAAAUCGUGAUGCUGACCUGGAAUCUGACCCUCGCCGCGGUGGUGCGACAAGUGUCUGGGAAGACAAGUACCGCCUCAAGGACAGCAUGAUACCUACCAUCAUCACACAAGAUUUUGCANAAAAAGUUUACCUGAUCGGCAAGUCACUCAACUUUAUCCGCUACGGUUGUGGUGACUCUGCUUGGGUGGAGAACCAUAGCAAGAGCUCUAUGCGAGAGCUUCGUUAUGGUGAUACAGCCACGCUCGAAUCAUCGAUCGACUCUGCAUACAAGGGCACCAUGGCUCGCUUGAUCUAUCUCAUGGAAGACAAAUUCAAAUUGUUCGAACAUCUGGCAGCGCUCAAGAAGUACCUCCUGCUUGGACAGGGCGACUUUGUUGCAUUGCUUAUGGAAUCGUUAGCGUCGAAUCUGGAUAGGCCGGCCAACAGUCAGUACCGACACACCCUGACUGCUCAGCUGGAGCAUGCAAUCCGAAACAGCAAUGCUCAAUACGACUCUCCUGAUGUGCUUCGCCGUCUUGAUGCACGUAUGCUCGAGCUUUCUCAUGGUGAGAUUGGCUGGGAUGUAUUCACGCUUGAAUACAGAGUCGAUUCUCCUUUGGAUGUAAUCGUCACGCCCUGGGCAUCGAAGCAAUACCUCAAGGUCUUCAACUUCUUAUGGCGUGUCAAGCGCGUCGAGUUUGCACUAGGAAGCACAUGGCGACGAACAAUGACCGGUGCUCGAGGUGUGCUCGGCGCUGUCGGCGACAAAGUAGAUGGCGACUGGAAGAAUGCCAGAGGCGGUAUCGCAGAAAUGAUCCACUUCGUCUCACAACUACAGCACUACAUCCUCUUCGAAGUCAUCGAAGCCGGCUGGGAAGGACUUCAAAAGGCCAUGCGUACACCAGAUGCCACUCUCGACGACCUAAUCUCAGCCCAUGGAGCCUACUUGCGCAGCAUCACCCGCAAAGGCCUUUUAGCACCUUCAGGCUCCCAAGCUCACUCAUCCACAGCACCAGACUUUACAGCCCAACUCCAUGAACUGCUCAAAUUGAUGCUGGCCUACAAAGAUGCAGUUGACAGUUUAUACUCAUACUCCGUAGCCGAAUUCACACGCCGUCAAGACCUGGCGGCCAAGAUCGAAANNACACGCACAGCGGCAGGCACCUGGGGCGUCACCGAAAAAGACGACAACGAAUUCGGAUCUUCACACAUGAGUGGCCCUCAUGCCAAAAGUCGCAACACUCGCCGUCCCAACGACCGCGACGCCGAAUCCCCAAAUAUCCCACCUUUACUUCCCUUUUCCUCUGCAACGGGCAAUGCGGCAGCCGACGAAGCUGCCAUCCUCUCAUCUCUGCGUUCACGGUUGAGUUCUCUAGCCACGGAUUUCCGCGUCAGGGUCAAUGUUUUGCUGGGGGAUUUGGCAUAUCAGCCUGAUGUGGAUAUGAGGUUCCUUGGUGUGGUUAUGAAUUUCAACGAUGUGUAUGCGCCUUUGAGGAGAGGGCAUGGAAGAAGAAAACAGACGGGUGCUAGAGAGGUGACAGAGGGUGGAGAGAAAGAGAGAGACAGGGCAAAAGGAAAAGAAAGGGAGAGGGUGAAGAGGAGUAGGGACGAGGGGGAAGCUAAUGGUGGUGCUUCUUCUAAGGAGGGUUGA